UGUUGCGCGCUCGCGUUGGUUGGAGGAGAAAGUAUUUAUUACGUAUUUAUUUUCGAGUGUGGAAACACCGGCGGCCCGCCACGUUUCGCCCGUCUUGCUAAGUUGUCGCUCGUCAGUAAAUUUAUUCUUCUUACCAUUUCUAUCACGUGAUCGUGUGAUAAAUAUCAAAAAUGAGUGCCCCAGCACCAGCUCCAGCGUAUAAAAUUGGAAUUGUAAAACAGGUGCUGUCCGGAGACACUAUCGUGAUAAGAAAGCAGCCGAAAGGUGGCCCGCCGCCGGAGAAGGUGAUCGCGCUAUCGGGUAUCACAGCGCCGAAACUAGGCCGACAGAAGACCGUCAACAGCGAUCUCGAGACAAAGGAUGAGCCUUACGCGUGGGAAGCCCGCGAGUACCUCAGGAAGCGUCUGGUCGGCAAGGAGGUCGUCUUCACCGCUGAGAAGCCUCCGAACUCGGCUACCAAGGAGUACGGCCAAGUGUGGACUGGCAAGGACAUCACCAAGGAUGAGAACGUGACGGAAGGCCUGUUGGCCGAAGGACUGGCCAAGGUCCGCGAUGGGGGACGCAACAUCCCGCAGCUUAAAAAACUGGUCGAGAUUGAAGAGGUUGCGAAGUCUCAGGGCAAGGGUAUUUGGGGAGAGAAUUUACAGGAGCACGUUCGCAACGUGAAGUGGUCAGUCGACAACCCGAAGCAGUUCGUGAACAAGCUGAACGGCGCGCCCGUGAAGGCCGUUGUGGAGUACGUGAGGGACGGGUCCACGGUGCGGCUGUGCCUGCUGCCCGACUACUACCAGAUGACGCUCAUGCUCAGCGGGAUUAGGUGCCCAGCAGUAAAGCAAGACGGCACAGCGGAGCCCUACGCGGAAGAGGCCCGCUUCUUCCUCGAGUCCCGACUUCUCCAGAAGGAUGUGGAAGUGGUGCUGGAGUCAGUGAACAACAACAACUUCGUGGGCACGCUGCUGCACCCGCAGGGGAAUAUUGCUGAGGCGCUGUUGAAGCAGGGCUUCGCGAGAUGCGUGGACUGGUCGCUCGCUGUCAUGAAGUCUGGCGCGUCUACACUGCGGGAGGCCGAGCGAGCCGCCAAGCGCGAUAAACUGCGCAUCUGGGCCAACUACACGUCGUCCGCGCCUGCCAUCGCGCCCAAAGACAGGGAGUUCCAGGCGACGGUUCUUGAGGUGGUCAAUGCAGACGCGCUGGUGGUGAAGAUGGCUAAUGGAGCGCAUAAGAAGAUAUUCCUGGCUAGCAUUCGCCCGCCGAGGGAGAAGGACAACGCCAACGAAGAAGGCAAGGCCUCCCCCCGGCCCAAAGGCUUCCGCCCGCUGUACGACAUCCCGUGGAUGUUCGAGGCGCGAGAGUUCCUGCGCGGCAAGUGCGUGGGCAGGCGCGUGUCGGUGGCCGUGGACUACAUCCAGCCCGCCAAGGACACCUUCCCCGAGAAGACGUGCUGCUCCGUGCUGGCCGCCGGCGUCAACCUGGCCGAGGCGCUAGUAUCCAAGGGCUACGCGACCGUAGUGCGAUACCGCAACGACAACGACCAGAGAAGCUCCCACUACGACAAGCUGCUCGAGGCUGAACUCAAGGCUCAGAAGGCCCAAAUUGGCGUGCACGCGAAGAAGGAUAUACCUACUCACCGGGUGCAGGACACGAGCGGCGACUCGGCCAAGUCGAAGAAGUUCUUCCCGUUCCUGAAACGCGCCAAGCGCACGGACGCCAUCGUCGAGUUCGUGGCCAGCGGCUCGCGCAUGCGCCUCUACAUACCCAAGGAGUCAGUGCUAGUGACGUUCCUACUCGCCGGCAUCAACUGCCCGCGCGGCGCCCGGCCCGCCAUCGGCGCUGCGCCCGCGCAGAAGGCUGAGCCUUAUGGAGAGGAGGCGCUGCAGUUCACUAAGGAGAAGAUCCUGCAACACGACGUGAAAGUGACCAUCGAGGAGAUGGACAAGGCCGGCAACUUCAUCGGCUGGCUGUGGAUAGAGAAGGACAAUCUCUCCGUCUCGCUCGUCGAACACGGUCUGGCUUCCAUGCACCACACGGCGGAAACAUCCGAGUUCGCACGAGACAUCAAACUGGCCGAAGAGAAUGCUAUCAAGAAACGCAUCGGCAUCUGGAAGGACUACGUCGAAGAACAAAAGGAAGCUGAGGAGAAGAAGAAUGUGGUGGUGCAAGACAGAACCGUCAAGUACGACAAGGUUAUCGUGACUGAGAUUACGUCGGAAGGCACGUUUUGGGCGCAGAAUGUUGAUCACGGCGGCAAACUAGAAGCCCUAAUGGAGAAGAUCCACCAAGAGUUCACGGCGAACCCGCCGCUGCCGGGCGCGUUCACUCCGAAGCGAGGCAACGUGUGCGCCGCGCGGUACUCGCUCGACGACCACUGGUACAGGGCCAAGGUGGAGAAGGUACAGGAUGACAAGGUGGCUGUCUUGUACAUCGAUUACGGAAACCGGGAGGUGAUCAACUACUCGCGGCUGGCCCCGCUGCCCGCCGGCACGGAGACGGAGGCUCCCUACGCACAGGAAUACUCGCUGGCGUGCGUCAAGUUCCCCGCCGACCCUGAUGACAGGCUCGAGGCGGUCAGGGCUCUCUCGAUGGACACACUGAACAAGAAGCUGCUUCUGAACGUGGAGUCGCGCACGCCGCCCGCCGCCGUCACGCUGGUCGACCCCACCAACGGCAACCAGGACCUCGGCAAGGGUCUGAUCAAGGAGGGCCUAGUGCUGGUUGAAAACACGCGCGACCGCCGCCUGGCGCCGCUGCUGGCGGAGUACCGCGCGGCGCAGGACGCGGCCAAGGCGUCUCGCUCCAACCUGUGGCGACACGGGGAUAUUACUGACGACGAUGCGGUCGAGUUCGGAGCACGCCGCUAAAUUAACGACGACUUAGCUGCCGAUUUGGUGAAUGAUAGUGUGGUAAGAUGGAGUGUCCAUGCAAAAGAAACUGAGCUCAGAUUUGAGGGUAAAUGCGAACAGUAUUUAGAUUUGUUUUUCGUAUGCGACGCUACAUCUUGCUCAGUAUUGUUGGUCAAAGAUAUACGUUGAAGUAACAAAAGGCAGCUAAGACAUUAUGUUACACACAAACCAUACCCCCCAUCCUACACUCACAUAAUACAAUACAAGAAUAUUAUAAUAAAUGUUAGCCGUUUGGGACACUCGUCCCGCAAAUAUUAAAUGUUGUGACCCCACACUACUCCGGUUCUCUGUCUAUGUAUUUAUUGACUUCUUGUUGUGGACUGCAUGAAGUGUAAAUGAAACUGUGGCGGUCAGCAGAUGUUUAUAUUGAGGACCCCCGUACACCGGUACUCUUAAGAAUGACGUUCAUUCUCAACUUUAUUAUAGUUUAAUGGAUUUUUUUUAUAUUUUUGAAAAUAAGCGGUUUUUAAAGUAAGGGAUAAAUAAUGAAUUUAUAAAUAAAAAAGAAGUUGUUGAUCAUAAUAUUAAAUUUUUUUACAAUUUUGUAUAUCAGCAGAUGCAAGUGUAGAUUAUAUUUCGUUGUUAAUUUCAUUAUUUAUUGGGAUAAUUAUGGGAUCGAUUUUUUACUAGAGGAUUGUUUCGUCUGCGUAGUUAUCGCAACUAUGACUUUGACGAAGUCUUUUGCCCUCUGUCUCUUUCUAGUUUGGAAUGUAUAUUUUGAAUUAUAGAUUCAUGUCGCGACGUUUAGGUAAAUAAAUCAAUUUUGUGUUGCAUUUUCUAAAUCGUAAGUAUGAAAGUCUGAUUUGUUUUACGUUUCGUGUUAUAUUAAUGCUGCUAUGCUAAGCCACUCGCUUCUUUCUUGUCCUGUUAUCAACUCACUAUAAGCUCUUCGUAUUUUCGUACUUACAGACUUAUUUAUAUAUGUGUACAUGUUUAUGAUACCUACCUCUCAGCAUCUUUAGAUGAAUGUCACACACACAAACACACAAUAUGUUUACAUAUUCAGACAUUUUGAUUACCCUAUGGUGCGUGAUUGUUAAAUGAACUUGAUAUAUUGAAAUAAAUAAAUAUUUUAGGAAUUA